UGGACAAGUCCUAUUUUCAAGAGAAGAUGACUUUUAACAGUUUUGAAGGAUCUAAAACUUGUGUACCUGCAGACAUCAAUAAGGAUGAAGAAUUUGUAGAAGAGUUCAAUAGAUUAAAAACAUUUGCUAAUUUUCCAAGUAGUAGCCCUGUUUCAGCAUCAACACUGGCACGAGCGGGUUUUCUUUAUACUGGUGAAGGAGAUACUGUGCGGUGCUUUAGUUGUCAUGCAGCAGUUGAUAGACGGCAGUAUGGAGACUCAGCAGUUGGAAGACACAGGAAAGUAUCCCCAAAUUGCAGAUUUAUCAACGGCUUUUAUUUUGAAAAUAGUGCCGCACAACCUACAAAUCCUGGUGUCCAAAAUGGUCAGUUCAAAAUUGAAAACUGUCUGGGAAACAGAAAUCGUUUUGCUUUAGACAGGCCAUCUGAGACUCAUGCAGACUAUCUUUUGAGAACUGGACAGGUUGUAGAUAUAUCAGACACCAUAUACCCGAGGAACCCUGCCAUGUGUAAUGAAGAAGCUAGAUUAAAGUCAUUUCAAAACUGGCCAGACUAUGCCCACUUAACCCCAAGAGAGUUAGCUAGUGCUGGACUCUACUACACAGGUAUUGAUGAUCAAGUGCAGUGCUUUUGUUGUGGUGGAAAACUGAAAAAUUGGGAACCUUGUGAUCGUGCCUGGUCAGAACACAAGAGACACUUUCCUAAUUGCUUCUUUGUUUGGGGCCGGAACAUUAAUAUUAGAAGUGAAUCUGAUGUGAGUUCUGAUAGGAGUUUCCCAAAUUCAACAAAUCUUCCAAGAAAUCCAGCCAUGGCAGAUUAUGAAGCACGGAUCAUUACUUUUGGGACAUGGAUGUACUCAGUUAACAAGGAGCAGCUUGCAAGAGCUGGAUUUUAUGCUUUAGGCGAAGGGGAUAAAGUAAAGUGCUUUCACUGUGGAGGAGGGCUAACUGAUUGGAAGCCCAGUGAAGACCCUUGGGAACAACAUGCUAAGUGGUAUCCAGGGUGUAAAUAUCUGUUAGAAGAGAAGGGACAAGAAUAUAUAAACAAUAUUCAUUUAACCCGUUCACUUGAAGAAUCUCUGGCAACAACUGCUGAAAAAACACCAUCACCAACUAAAAGAAUUGAUGAUACCGUUUUCCAGAAUCCUAUGGUACAAGAAGCUAUACGAAUGGGAUUCAAUUUCAGGGACAUUAAGAAAAUAAUGGAAGAAAAAAUUCAGACAUCUGGGAGCAACUAUAAAUCACUUGAGGUUCUGGUUGCAGAUCUAGUGAGUGCCCAGAAAGAUAGUACACAAGAUGAAUCAAGUCAGACUUCAUUGCAGAAAGAGAUUAGUACUGAAGAGCAGCUAAGGCGCCUGCAAGAAGAGAAGCUUUGCAAAAUCUGUAUAGAUAGAAAUAUUGCCAUAGUUUUUAUUCCUUGUGGACAUCUGGUCACUUGUAAGCAAUGUGCUGAAGCAGUUGACAAAUGUCCCAUGUGCUACACAGUCAUUACGUUCAAGCAAAAAAUUUUUAUGUCUUAAUCUAACUCCACAGUAGGCAUGUUAUAUUCUU